CGGUAAUAGAAGCAAAAAUAAGAGCAAUGGAUUUAGUUCAAUAGCGAAUAUAUUAUUACAAUAAUACAAAUAAAUCGUUUUUCUCAUUUCUGUGUGUUUUUUUUUUUGUCUUCUUUUGUUGGUUUGGGGUCUCCACAGUCCAUUUCUCUUCAAAGACUCCAUCUUUGUCUUCACUCUCUUCAACCUCCUCUUUCUGAGCACUUUAGCCAUCUUGGACUCAGAGGGGUCUUUGCUCUCAUCCUCUCUCUCUCAUGGGAUCUCUGAAUCUUUCUCACCGAUAGACGACUGGAUAGAGAGAAAAGGGAAGAAUCGCAGAAACAAGAGUAAAAGAUCGAGGGUUUUUGUGAGAAUUAUUCUUUCUGAUUUGUUUGUUACCUCGAAUUGGGAAAAGGUUGCAGACCCAUCUGUUUCCCUUCAGGCUUGAACUCAUUGAAAAGCUCUCGAAUCCCCCACGUUAGCUUUUCCUGCUGAUUUGUUUUGGGUACCCGUACCGCAGAACCACAGCAAUAGAAAGUCAAUCUCCAGACAGUCACAGCAAUAGAAAGUCAAUCUCCAGACAGUAAGGGUUUUCUGAAGACAAUAAUUUCGUCCUGGUUUCUGAUGCUGAAGAAAUAAGUGGACUUUUUGAGGUUUUGCUUUUGAUAGAGGAACAUGUUGGAAGGAGGUCCUAAAUUUCCUGGAAUUAUUGACCUAAACAAUCAUGAUAACAAUUAUCAUGAUUUAUCACAAGGAUUCUAUCAUAAACUUGGUGAAAAUUCCAAUAUGUCAAUUGACAGUUAUGAUAGCUUGCAAACAAGCAAUGGUGGAGGGUCUGUUGCAAUGUCCAUAGAAAGUAUUGGGUCAAAUGAUUCCCACACUCGCAUUUUGAAUCACCAAGGACUUCGGCGGCGUGCUAAUGACAACUACUCUAUUCAACAGAGUGUUAACCGUAGAGGAAGAGUCCCACAUGCUUUGAAUGAUGAUGCACUGGCUCAUGCGCUAAUGGAUAGCAAUUGCCCAACAGAGGGCCUUGAAAAUUUUGAUGAGUGGACCAUUGAUUUGAGGAAGCUUAAUAUGGGUACAGCUUUUGCACAAGGUGCAUUUGGGAAACUCUACAGAGGAACUUACAAUGGUGAGGAUGUUGCCAUCAAAAUCUUGGAGAGGCCAGAAAAUGACCCAGAAAGGGCGAAGUUGAUGGAGCAACAAUUUCAGCAGGAAGUUAUGAUGCUUGCCACAUUAAAACAUCCCAACAUUGUUCGAUUUAUUGGUGCUUGUCGGAAACCAAUGGUGUGGUGCAUAGUUACAGAAUAUGCAAAAGGAGGUUCAGUGCGUCAGUUUUUGAUGAAGCGGCAGAACAGGGCAGUGCCACUAAAAUUGGCAGUUAAGCAGGCGUUGGAUGUUGCAAAAGGAAUGGCCUAUGUUCAUGGGCUUGGUCUGAUUCAUAGGGAUUUAAAAUCUGACAAUCUUUUGAUUUUUGGAGAUAAAUCUAUAAAGAUUGCCGAUUUUGGGGUUGCUCGCAUUGAGGUGCAGACCGAAGGAAUGACACCAGAGACAGGGACAUACCGCUGGAUGGCACCGGAGAUGAUCCAACACAGGCCCUACACGCAAAAGGUGGAUGUCUAUAGCUUUGGGAUUGUUUUGUGGGAACUCAUCACAGGGAUGCUUCCAUUCCAGAAUAUGACAGCAGUGCAAGCUGCAUUUGCGGUCGUCAACAAGGGUGUUCGUCCUGUCAUUCCCAAUGAUUGCUUGCCAGCUCUUGGUGAGAUUAUGACCCGUUGCUGGGAUGUGAACCCUGAAGUUAGGCCACCCUUUGUCGAAGUUGUCAGAAUGCUCGAGAAUGCAGAGACUGAGAUCAUGACCAAUGUUCGCAAGGCUCGAUUCAGAUGUUGCAUGACCUUGCCAAUGACAGUGGACUGAUUUCCAGAAGGAAAAAGAACAUAAUAAUAGGACAUAAGAACAGAGAGAGAAAAAAGAAAAUGGAAAAGAAAAAAGAGGCUGUAGUAGGUGUUGUGAUGAUGUCUUUUAGCAUUGUGUAUUUAUUAGGUUUAAUUUGGUUCUUAAAAUAGAGAAGGAAAAAGAUAGGAUAAGAACAGUUGAUUCAUGGUUUAGUUGCUUAUCCCUUUUCCUCGUCUUCCUAAUAUCUCUCAUCCAUUCUCUUCUUUUCCUCGUCUUCCUAAUAUCUCUCAUCCAUUCUCUUCUUUUCCUCGUAUGUAUGAUAGUUUAUGCACGUUGUUGAUUGUACUUGAAUCUUGGUUACUCCCUACUCAUCACCCUUGAUUGAAUGCUAAAUUACUAUAAAUUGUUUGA